AUGGUAAAAAACAACUCAGGACCUGAAUUGAGCUCAGAAUUGGUGGCAAGGGCUCAAGGGUUUUAUGCAUCUGCAGCACAAAAGGAGCUUAGCAAGUUGAUGGUUCAGAACUUUGCUUUUGUCCAAGGUCAGUUUAAUGGCAGCACCAUAAGUUUGCUAGGAAGAAAUUCAAUUUUCAACAAGGUAAGGGAGCUGCCUGUGGUUGGUGGAAGCGGGGCUUUCAGGUUUGCUAGGGGUUAUGCUGAGGCAACAACUCACACUUUUGAUGGCACAACCACCGGUGAUGCUACGGUGGAGUACAAUAUCUAUGUGUUGCAUUAUUAUUGA